AUGUCGGCAGCACAGCUCCUCAACCCCAAGGCGGAAUCACGGCGACGUGGAGAGGCUCUGAGAGUCAACAUCUCUGCUGGUGAAGGCCUGCAGGAUGUGUUGGCCUCGAACCUUGGGCCUACGGGCACUCUGAAGAUGCUGGUCGAUGGCGCGGGUGGCAUCAAGCUAACGAAAGACGGCAGUGUGCUGUUGAAAGAGAUGCAAAUACAGAACCCCACAGCGGUCAUGAUCGCAAGAGCAGCGACAGCGCAAGAUGAAAUCUGCGGCGAUGGAACUACGAGCGUGGUCCUGAUGGUGGGAGAGUUGUUGAAGCAGGCAGAUCGGUACAUCAGCGAAGGCCUACACCCCAGAGUCAUCACCGACGGCUACGAGGUUGCAAAGAACGAGACGCUACGGUUCCUGGACGAAUUCAAGCUGGCGAAGGAGGUGGACAGAGAACUCUUACUGUCUGUUGCCAGGACGUCAUUAUCUACCAAGAUCAACUCUACUCUCGCCGAGCAACUCACCCCAGACAUCGUCGACUCAGUCCUGGCCAUCUACCAACCUCCAGCGAAGCCUGACCUCCACAUGGUUGAGAUCAUGACCAUGCAACAUCGAACAGCCGCAGACACACAGCUCAUCCGAGGCCUCGCGCUCGAUCACGGUGCUCGGCAUCCAGACAUGGCGAAAGACGUCAAGAAUGCAUACAUUCUGACUCUCAAUGUCAGCUUAGAGUACGAGAAGAGUGAGAUCAACAGUGGUUUUUACUACUCUAGCGCGGAGCAGCGAGACAAGCUUGUGGAGAGCGAGCGGAGAUUCGUCGAUGAAAAGCUGCGGAAGAUCGUCGAGCUGAAGAAAGAGGUGUGCGGGACAGAUCCAAAGAAGGGCUUCGUGAUAAUCAAUCAGAAGGGUAUUGACCCACUGUCGCUGGACGUCUUGGUGAAGAAUGGCAUCUUCGCACUGCGGAGAGCGAAGAGAAGGAACAUGGAGCGUCUGCAGCUCAUCUGUGGAGGCAUUGCGCAGAACAGUGUGGACGACCUUACGCCAGACGUUCUGGGCUGGGCAGGCCAUGUCUACGAGCACCAGCUUGGCGAGGAGAAGUACACAUUCAUCGAGGAGGUCAAGGAUCCGAAGUCGGUGACUCUCCUCAUCAAGGGGCCCAACUCGCAUACUAUCAACCAAAUCAAGGAUGCCGUACGCGAUGGUCUGCGAUCAGUGUACAACAUGAUUGUAGACAAGAGCGUGGUUCCUGGUGGUGGUGCUUUCCAGGUUGCAGCUGCACGGAGACUGACCUCAGACGAGUUUGUGAAGCAAGUCAAGGGCAAGACGAAGUGGGGAGUCUCCGCCUUCGCUGAUGCUCUCCUGGUCAUUCCAAAGACGCUCGCCGCAAACAGCGGUCACGACAUCCAGGAUUGCCUUGCGAAUCUUCAAGGCGAGCACGCCGAUGGCCAUGUCGCUGGUCUUGAUCUGACGCUCGGCGAACCUAUGGAUCCUGUGCAGCAAGGUGUCUAUGACAGUUUCAGAGUGUUGAGGAACAGCAUUGCGAGCUCGACUGGCAUUGCUUCGAAUCUCCUGCUCUGUGACGAGAUGCUCAAAGCACGCCAGAUGGGCAAAUCAGGUCCGCCUGGCGGAGGAGAAGGUGGUGAUGAGUGA